AUGUUCUUCCAGUCGCGUUUAGAUUUCCUUGGUCACUCGGUUAGUGCUGCAGGUAUUGCCCCUAACGAGGCCAAGGUCAAAGCUGUCAGUAUGUUCCCCAUUCCUUCAGAUGUAACACAGGUAAAGUCGUUCCUGGGGUUAGCAGGUUUUUAUAGACCGUUUGUCAAGGAUUAUGGGAGGAUCGCUGCACCGCUGACACAUCUCCUCAAGAAAGAUGUCCCCUGGUGCUGGGGCGAGGAGCAGGUCAGCGCAUUUUCAAGGUUAAAACAUUGUUUAUCGCACGCUCCCGUUCUUGCAUUUCCAAGGUUUGACCUCCCCUUCAUUCUUCAUACAGACGCAUCGAAUGUUGGGCUAGGGGCUGUUUUAAUGCAGGAACACAAAGGGAAUCUGCGUCCCAUCGGGUUUGCUAGUAGGGUUCUUACCAGUGCAGAGAAGAAUUACUCAGUCACCGAUAGGGAAAUGUUAGCGAUUGUUUGGGCUCUUAAGUACUUCAGGGAUAUUAUACUGGUGUACAAGGUCAUGGUGCACACGGACCACAUGCCGCUCACGUCGCUUAAUGGCAAUGAUCCUUAUGGUCGUAGGGCACGUUACCAGGAUAUCCUGGGCGAAUUCGAUGUGACUUUUGUGUAUAUUCAGGGCCGCGCAAAUGUCGCCGCCGACACGUUGUCACGCGCGCCAAUCGAAUUUUUGCAAUCUUUGAAGCGGGACGACACUGCUGCUUUCCCCCCAUCAUUUAGCUUGCCUUCGUCAGCGGUUGUGAAUAGUGCUCCACAGGUUCCUCCCUUGGAGCCGCUAAAUAAGGACGAGGUAUUUGCUGCUCAGCGUGCCGACGAGGUUUACGGCCAGGUCAUUGAUGCUUUAUCUAAAGGCACGGCAGUGCCGAGGGUCACGGAACACGUCAGGUCUUGCAAGACGUGUCCGCUGUACAAGGGUCACACAAGCGAUCCCACGCCUGCACUAAAAUUCGAUAUUCCAGAUUUUCCUUGGCAAAAGGUGUCAUGUGACACUUUGUCGGGAUUCACCACAUCACGGUCUGGCAACAAGCACAUCCUUGUGUUCGUGGACAAUUUUUCUCGCUACUGUGAGUUGGUGGCGGUUCCAUCAAAAGCUGCUGUGCACGUCACGAAAGCAUUUCAUGACGUAAUUUGUUGCCGCCACGGCUGUCCACACUAUUUAAGCUCGGAUAACGGUACCGAGUUUGUCAAUCAGGUGUUAGCCAGUCUGACACAGCAGCUUAAUGUGACGCAGGUGAAUGUUUUGCCGUUCCGUCCGCAGGCUAAUGGCAUCACGGAACGUUUAAAUAGAUCUAUUCUCACCAUUUUGCGUCAGUUGGUGGACGACAGCAAAGACGAUUGGGACGUUCUUCUCCCCACCGUCCAGUCGGCCAUCAACUCUACCUAUCACUCUUCCCUGGGCGAUAGCCCACAUUUUCUUCUCACGGGGCAAGACAAGCGGUUGCCAUACGAACUCCUGGAAAUGAGACCGCGCCCCCUAUAUGCAGAUAACUAUGCUGAAUAUUUGGUUUCCCGGCAACAGCGAGCGUUUCAGCAAGCAAAGGCACUCCUGACCAGGUCACGAGAUAGAAUCAUUGAGUACCAGCAUAAGAUCGCUCGUGCAAAGACUAUCGGUGUUGGUUCCUUGGUUUUUAGGAAAGCUAGUUUUCAUGGUACUAUUCGGCCGAAGCUUAGUCCGUUAUUUGUGGGUCCCUACAGAGUUGUAGCAGUAAAGAACAACAAGGCAGAGUGCAAAUCUGUCGCUGAUGGCUCUGUGCAGUGGUUCCACUUUGACGUCCUAAAGCUGGCUGAUCAGUAUUAUCAGUGCCAGGAUUCAUAG